GCAGUGAGCAGUGAGCCGGGCUGUGGAGGCAGGGGAGAGAGAGAGGGUUAUUCUCUAAUGCUCAGAGGCAGAGAGGGUUAGCAGCACACGAACCAAUGCGAUUAAAGCGCCACGCAGGAGGAAGAUGCGCCUGCUUGCAGCCUGCUGGACGGCGAGAGGUGCUCAAGAAGAUGGUCUGAUUCUGGGAUCUCACCUUUGUUCCUGCCGCUUCAGCUUCUCCGGACUUUCUUUCCAUUCCCAUUUCUGAUUAAACAUCUAUGAUUUACUCUCCCCUGUUUAGUUCCCUUUCUUCCCUUUUUUUCAAAAAUACUUGGUUGCCCUUGGUUUAAAUGACACACUUGAACGGCGCCGUUGCUUUUGCUUUGAAAGUUUUCUUUCUCCUUCGCAUCACCACUUGCUCUGUUGAAAGACGCUCCUGAAUCAGCAUCGCACCUGCAUCCAGUAUCCAGCAUCCCCCCCUGAAGCACAGCAGCAUCCGGAGAGCAUCCGAGCUUUAACCAAGACAAUCACACUAGAACACCCGCACAUCCUUCAUGCGCAACGACCUGGCGCAAAAGCGCACACAUAAUACGCACGGUGGAGAUCCAUUCAAGUCGCUGGCACGGGAAAUCUGGACUGGCUUUUGUUUUAACCUUACCGUUGGCAUUCUGAGUGGGAGAUCAGGAGAAAGCAGUGGACAAAGUGUGCGGAGUGAAAAGAGGAAAAUCUAGCUUGGGGAUUGAACGCAGCGGGGCAUGUGGAUAUUGGCAUUCAUCUUUCUCCAGAGCAUCCUGAAUGUUUUCGGUGAAGAUCUACGUUCCAGCUUAUAUUUUGUCAAUGCAUCUCUGCAAGAGGUAGUGUUCUCCAGCACCACAGGGGCACUGGUGCCGUGUCCUGCCGCGGCCGUGCCCCCCGCCACGCUGCGCUGGUACCUCGCCACUGGGGAGGAGAUCUACGAUGUCCCAGGCAUCCGCCAUGUGCACCCCAAUGGCACGCUGCAGAUCUACGGCUUCCUGCCAUCCAGCUUUAGUAACCUAAUCAAUGACAAUACAUACUACUGCACAGCGGAAAACCCAUCAGGAAAGAUCAGGAGUCAAGAUCUACACAUCAAGGCCGUAUUCCGGGAGCCAUACACGGUGCGGGUGGCUGACCAGAGAGUCAUGCGAGGGAAUACGGCGGUCUUCAAGUGCAUUAUCCCGGCCUCAGUAGAGGAGUAUGUCAGUGUUGUAUCAUGGGAGAAAGACACAGUCUCGCUUGUCUCAGGACCAAGAUAUCUUAUUACAUCCAUGGGGGCCUUGUAUAUUCAGGAUGUGCAGUCAGAGGACGCGGUGAAUAUUUAUCGCUGUACCACACGGCACCGAUACACAGGGGAGACCAGACAGAGCAACAGUGCCCGACUGCUUUUAUCAGAACCUGUGGACUCUGCUCCGGUGAUUCUGGAUGGGUUCGAACGCAGGGAGGUUAUGGUGGGUCAUCGGGUGGAGCUCCCAUGUAAAGCGUCCGGUCACCCUACGCCCAGGUAUCGCUGGCUGAGGGACAACAGCCCCUUAGAAUCAGACAGUCGGUACCACCAGAGUGUGUCGGGCCUUCUCAUCGAGGCCACACGACCCAGUGAUGCAGGCAGUUAUGUGUGUGAGGUGUGGAACAGCUUCGGGAAUGCCAAAGUGGUCGGACGGCUGGUGGUUAAACAGCCUCUGAAAGCAGUGGUGAGCCCACGGAAGGUGAGAGGCAGUGUGGGUAGCCAAGUGUCGCUGUUCUGCAGUGUGACUGGCUCUGAUGAGUAUGAAAUCACCUGGUACAGGAAUGGUGAGAAGAUCUAUCAGGGUAUAAAUGUACGUAUAACGGGCAUCAACAACGAGAACCUGGUGAUGGAAGGAAUGGCCAAGAGCGAUGGAGGAGCAUAUCAGUGCUUUGCUCGAAAUGGCAAGAUGUCCACCCAAGAUCUAGUUCAGGUCGUCUUGGAAGACGGGACGCCAAAGAUCCUCUCUGCCUUCAGCGAGAAGGUGGUGAGCCCGAAUGAGCCCAUAUCACUGGUGUGUCACGUGAAAGGAACCCCCCUCCCCACCGUCACCUGGACAUUGGACGACGACCCCGUCAUCAAAGACAGCAACCACCGCAUGGAUCGCAUCAUCACCACAGAAGGCCACGUGCUCAGCUACCUAAAUGUGUCUCAGACACAGGUCACUGAUGGGGGCGUCUAUCGCUGCACCUGCAACAACUCGGCCGGAUCGGUCUCCUACCAGGCUCGAAUAAACGUAAGAGGUCCAGCCAGUAUUCGACCCAUGAAAAAUGUCACUGCCAUCGCUGGAAGGGACACGUACAUUCACUGUCGCAUCAUUGGUUACCCGUACUACUCUAUUAAGUGGUAUAAGGAUUCCAACCUGCUCCCGUUUAAUCAUCGCCAACGUGCCUUUGAGAACAACGGCACACUGAAGCUGUCCAAUGUGCAAAACUCAGACGAGGGGGAGUACACAUGCUAUGUGUUGGUGGAUCCAGAGAAACAAAUUCACAGGAGUGUCCAUGUCACAGUGAAAGUGCCCCCUCUGAUCCAACACUCUGACUCUCAGAGCGCUUCCAUCGGUCAGCGUGUCUUCAUCCCCUGCGUGGUCAUAUCCGGCGACCUGCCUAUGUCUAUAACCUGGCACAAAGAUGGACGACCAAUCAAUGCCAGCCUGGGUGUCACCAUAGACAACAUAGACUUUACCAGUUCAUUGCGCAUUUCAAACCUGUCGGAAAUUCAUAACGGCAGUUACACCUGUAUUGCCCGUAAUGAGGCUGCUGCUGUCGAGCAUAGCAUACAGCUCAUCGUUAAAGUUCCACCACAUUUUGAGGUACAGCCAAGAGACCAGGAUGGCAUAUAUGGGAAAUCAGUGAUCCUGAAUUGUUCGGCAAAGGGUAACCCCAUCCCCACUAUAGUAUGGAACCACUCAAAAGGUGCUGGCGUACCUCAGUUCCAGCCCAUUGCCUUGAAUUCUGGCUCUCGUAUCCAGCUCCUGGAGAAGGGCUCUCUGCUCAUAAAACACGUCCUGGAGGAAGAUGCUGGAUUUUAUCUGUGUAAGGUCAGCAAUGACGUCGGAGCCGAUAUCAGCAAGAGCAUGUACCUCACCGUUAAAAUUCCCGCCAUGAUCACAUCUUACCCCAACACCACACGAGCAGAACAGGGUCACAUGACUGAGAUGAGCUGCACUGCUCACGGUGAAAAGCCCAUCAAGGUUCGCUGGGAGAAGGAGUCUCAUAUCAUCAACCCAGACAUGAGCCGCUAUGUGGUUACUGUGAAGGAAGUGGGAGAUGAGGUCAUAUCCACCCUGCAGAUCUUGCAUACUGUCAGAGAAGACUCUGGCUUUUUCUCUUGCAUUGCUAUCAACUCUUACGGUGAAGAUAAAGGAAUCAUUCAGUUGAUAGUACAAGAUCGGCCGGACCCUCCCGAGGUGGAGAUCAGAGAGGUAAAGGACCGAACCAUCGCACUUCGCUGGACGAUGGGCUUUGAUGGCAACAGCCCCAUUACAGGAUAUGACAUCAACUAUAAAAACAAAUCAUCUCCAUGGGCCUCAUCUCAAAUGACCAAAGACGUCUCCCCUCAGCUGAAUCAGGCCACCAUCAUUGAACUCCACCCUGCUUCCACCUACAACAUCCGCAUGUUCGCCAAAAACCAGAUCGGCGAAAGCAGACCAAGCAAUGAGCUGACCAUCACCACCGAUGAAGCACCACCUGAUGGCGCUCCUCAAGAAGUGCAGCUGGAAGCAAUCUCAUCCCAAAGCAUCAAAGUCACAUGGAAGCCCCCCCUCAAACACUUGCAGAAUGGUUUGAUCCGAAGCUACCAAGUGUGUUAUCGGGAGUUUGGGACAGGGGGCAGCCCACAAUACAACACCAUCAAUGUAGACACCACAGGGGACACUGAAACCAUCACCCUGGAUAACCUGAAGAAGUACACCCAGUAUGAGGUUCGGGUGCAAGCAGCCAAUCGGGCAGGCAUGGGUCCCACCUCGGAGGAAAUCACCAUCACCACACUAGAGGAUGUUCCCAGUCGCCCACCUGAGAAUGUUGUGACAACAGCUGCAACCCCUGAGACUAUCUCCCUGUCCUGGUCUGCUCUGCCCAAAGAAGCGCUCAACGGCAUGCUGCUUGGAUACCGUGUCAUCUACUGGGCCAACCUACCAGACGGAGAACUGGGAGAGAUCAGGAACAUCACAACCACCAAGCCUUCACUAGAUUUGGAGCGGCUGGAGAAGUACACCAACUACAGUAUCCAGGUCCUGGCCUUCACUCGAGCUGGAGAUGGAGUCCGUAGCGAGCAAAUCUAUACACGCACCAAAGAGGAUGUUCCUGGCCCUCCGGCUGGAGUUAAGGCAGCUGCUUCAACAAGCUCUGUGGUGUUUGUUUCCUGGCUUCCUCCACUCAAACUCAAUGGAAUCAUCCGGAAAUACACCGUCUUCUGUUCCAACCCAUACCCCACGGUGAUCAGUGAGUUUGAGGCUGCACCUGAUGUUUAUUUCCGUCGCUUGACCAACCUGAAUCAGAACUGGCAGUACAGCAUUUGGGUUGUGGCUGUCACUGCGGCGGGCCGUGGGAAUUCCAGUGAAAUUAUCACUGUAGAGCCCCAAGCUAAAGCCCCUGCACGAAUCCUGACGUUCAGCGGCACUGUGACCACCCCCUGGAUGAGGGACAUUGUCCUUCCAUGCAAAGCUGUCGGAGACCCUCCUCCAGCCAUCAAGUGGCUGAAGGGAAAUAAUGGGACACCAGCUCCAGUUUCAAUCGAUGGUCGACGCAGUGCUCACAGCAAUGGCAGCUUUGUUAUUCGCACUGUCAAGGCAGAGGACUCUGGGUACUAUAGAUGUGUUGCCAGUAACAACUGGGGUUCGGAUGAGAUCAUGCUAAACCUUCAGGUCCAAGUGCCUCCGGACCAACCGCGCCUCACAGUGACUAAAACCACAACCACCUCUAUCACACUGUCCUGGAUCCCUGGAGACAAUGGAGGAAGCUCCAUCAGAGGCUACAUUCUGCAGUUCUCUGAGGAUAACAGUGAAGAGUGGGGCAGUUUCUCUAUCAGCCCCAGUGAGCGGUCUUACCGUCUAGAAAACCUAAAGUGCGGUACUUGGUACAAAUUUACUCUGACAGCACAAAAUGCAGUUGGACCUGGACGCAUCAGUGAAAUCAUUGAAGCUAAAACCCAUGGAAAAGAGCCACAGUUUGCCAAAGAUCAUGAGCUUUUCUCAAGUAUCAACUCUACACGUGUGGAGCUCAACCUCAUCGGCUGGAACAAUGGCGGCUGUCCAAUCGACUCCUUUACACUGGAAUAUCGACCGGUGGACACAAUGAAAUGGACCAUGGUGAAGCGAGAUUCUCUCACCAAGAACCACAUUCUCUACGACCUACAGGAAGCCACCUGGUACGAGCUCCAGAUGAGAGUGGGCAACAGUGCAGGAACAGCAGAGAAGAGCGUUCUGUUCGCCACUCUAAACAUGGAGGGCAGCACAAUUGCUCCAUUGCCAGAGACUGUGGACCCCAGCCAGAAGAAUAGGCAGGGCAAUGAGGGACUUAAAAUGAUGGUAACAAUCAUCUGCAUUCUGGUGGCAAUUUCCAUGGUCUUCAUUGUUCUUCUGGUAUUGAGGAGGAGAAGAAGAGAGCAAAGGCUCAAGAGAUUACGAGAUGCAAAGAGCCUGGCAGAGAUGCUAAUGAGUAAAAAUUCACGUACACCAGACAGUGUGAACAAGCAACAGCAGACUUUGAGGAUGCACAUCGAUAUCCCACGUGCUCAGCUACUCAUUGAGGAAAGAGACACUAUGGAGACAAUCGAUGACCGCUCCACAGUGCUGUUGACGGACAAUGACUUUGGAGAAACAUCUAAACAGAAGUCCUCAACUGUCACACAUACAGUGCAUUACCAGUCUCUAUCUCAGGCCACUGGACCACUAGUAGAUGUGUCUGAUGCUAGACCUGGUACAAAAAAAAACAUCACAGAAACCUGGCAGUUUAACAGGGACCCCACUGCCCGCCGCACAGCUAAAGCAGGUCCUGCCACACGCAGUCGAUAUGCCAGCCAGUGGACCCUGAACCGACCACACCCUCCCGUCUCCUCACACACUCUCUCUACUGACUGGAGGCUUCCCACACCCCGUGCCACGGGCUCAGUGGACAAAGAGAGUGACAGUUACAGUGUCAGUCCCUCUCAGGACACAGACCGUGCUCGCAGCAGCAUGGUGUCUACAGAAAGUGCUUCCUCCACAUACGAGGAGUUAGCCCGUGCUUACGAACAUGCUAAGAUGGAGGAACAGCUGCGACAUGCUAAGUUCACGAUCACAGAAUGUUUCAUCUCAGACACAUCCUCCGAACAGAUGACGGCCGGCACCAAUGACUACACAGACAGCCUGACGUCCAGCACGCCGUCAGAGUCAGGCAUCUGCAGAUUCACCGCUUCCCCACCCAAACCACAAGACGCCAGCCGGGUCAUGAACAUGGCCGUGCCCAAAGCACACAGACCCGCAGGUGAACUGGUCCAUCUUCCCCCUUACCUACGCAUGGACUUCCUUUUGAACCGGGGAGCAGCCCCUUCAGGUCGAGAGGCCACAGGACAGACUUGUAUGGACCCGCAGAAGAGCCGAAUGGCGAAGCGGCCAGCCUUGCUGGCCCCCACACCCUCCGAGACCCCCUCAUCAGCCCUCUCUUCCUCCGGACCCCCCAGCAGAGAGGCAGUACAACAGUGGCAGCCUGGAACUGCCUCCACACUGCCACAGCGCGAGCAGGGCGACCUGGCCCAGGCCGCCAAACUCAGCAGCUCCCAGGAAUCGUUGCUAGACUCCAGAGGACACCUGAAACAAAGCAACAACCCCUACGCAAAGUCCUACACACUUGUAUAACACAGGACUACAGCUGCGGACCACGUUGCACUGUCACGCACACAUAAACACGUGAGGACCUGCUGCAAAGAAGAGCGCUUUUCUGAUUCAGAGAUGAGUCCUGUACAUACAUUCUGAAUUCCUAAAGAAGUGGAUAGUUUUCUUUGCAUCUGUCUUUCAUUAUAUCUGUCUAUCUGUCUAUCUAUCUAUCUAUCUAUCUAUCUAUCUCACUCUCUCUCUCUCUCUCUCUCUCUCUCUCUCUCUCUCUCUCCCUGUUGUUUUUUUACACUUUCUUUCUUUGGCUCACCUUCUUUUCUUGCCCUCUUUUCUGACUAAGUUGGAUUUUUUACGUAAGCAUUCAUUUAUUUUAAAUACCACCGUUAUGAAGAUUGCCAAAAUUAUUUAUUUAAAUUGACAGAGGAACUACUUUUGAAUUUAUAUCAAGGAUAAUUCUAUAGUCAUUAUUAUUAUUAUUAUAUAAAAAUAGAGAAAAAUUAUCAAAAAAUGGUUUAAAAAGGUGGGGUGUGGUCAGCUCUGCAGGAAGAUGUUUCUUUCUCUAUUCAUGACUCUGUUGUUUUGAUGAAACUAUGAGGUGUGAUCAGCCUUUUUUCGAAGUUGUUUGUCACAGCAGUGUAUCUGAUGAUCGCAGAAGACAUGGAGGAAGGACAGUGAGUCCACAUUUUCCAGUCGUCUCAGAAUGUUGUGCUUUCUAAGGACUGCAUGGGGACCUGAAAAUAAAAAAUGAAUUCCAAGAGAUUUUCGUCACACUAAUUAUAUAAUGUUAUAAUAAAUGUUAUGACAUUAUAUGUUAUAAUAUAUGUUAUAAUAUAGAUAUAUAUAUAGAUCUAAAUAUAUACAUACACAUGAAGAUAUCAUUUUUAUUUGUGGAUAAUACAGGGGGAAAGAUUUGGUAAAUAAAGUCCUUAGUCAUGUUUGCACACAUCUGGUUUGAUUAGAAAAUUAAAACUGUUGGGUUCUCUUGUCUUUUUUUCCACUCAUGGAGUAUUUGUGACUGCAUAAUGGUAGUUUCAUAGGAUGAGCUGCAGAGCAUGUGUGACACAAAGAGAGAACCCUGGAAGAACCGUAAAUGUUUAUCUGCAGUUUUCUCCAGAAGCUCCUUGAAUGAAUGGUAUUUGAUUCACCUGUUCGUAGAUGGUGUGGCCUGUUUUGUGUAAGACACGCAACAAAGAGAAGGUAUUUUAAUUGAGCAAUAUGACACUGGAUUUACUAAUAAUUUCGUAAUUCUUGGACAUCUUGAAGUACUAACAGAUAUGAAUGUAUUCAGUAAUGCAUAAUGAAAAAUAAACCCCGAAGAUGAUUGACAAUAAAGAGACAAACUAA